AUGUUGAGAGAUGUUGGUUAUCUGCUGUUGCUCGUUUCUCUCCCGGCGCUGGUCGUCCUGCAUUUGUGGAUUGCUCCAUACACUAAGGUAGAGGAGUCAUUUCAUAUCCAAGCCAUACAUGACAUUGAGACGUAUGGAAUUCCCACAGCCAAUGUUAAGAAUACGCUGCAAGCAGAAUAUGAUCAUUUUGAAUUCCCGGGGGCUGUUCCCAGGACAUUUGCUGGGGCUGUCGCGCUCUCCGGCCUUUCGACUCCAGUUAUCUGGUUGAAGCCUGAUAUCGACCGGCAGUUUGUAGCCCGCGCCAUCUUAGGCUUAUUCAAUGCCCUCUCGCUCCUCUAUUUUGCCAGUGGCUUACGCCGCGCGGCUGGGAGGACUGCUGCUGUCUGGUACCUCCUGUUCCAAGCAAGCCAGUUCCAUGUCAUCUACUAUGCUUCGCGGACGUUGUCAAAUAUGUUUGCAUUUGGCAUGACUACAUUCGCUUUGGCAUCCCUCCUUCCCGAGCCGGUAAAUUUAAGUACAUAUCGCAAACGCAGCAGGAUAGCUCUAUACCUGAUCACAAUCGCGGGUAUCGUCUUUCGUGCGGAGCUGGCGCUCUUCCUGGCUACUCAUACCGCUUUCCUCUUUGCCCUGGGCCGCAUUAGCAUCCAGCGCGAGAUAAUACCAGCAGGAAUCUUGGGCCUCUUACUGGGCUUGUCCAUAACCCUACCCGGGGACUCAUUCUUCUGGCAGCAGUUUCCGCUUUGGCCAGAGCUCGCAGCAUUCAAGUUCAACGUCCUCGCUGGUCAGGCUUCCGCCUGGGGCACCCAUCCAUGGCACUACUACCUAACCAAUGCUCUCCCUCGCCUUCUUAUGAACCCCCUAACCUACCUUAUCGGCAUUCCCGUGUCCUUAGUCCAACCUGCAACACGCCGCAUCGCCAUUUCCAUGCUCCUACCAUCGCUCGCCUACAUUUUCAUUUACUCUGCCCAACCCCACAAAGAAUGGCGCUUCAUCGUCUACACAAUCCCGCCCUUAACCGCCGUCGCAGCCCUAGGCGCGUCCUACAUCUGGACGCACAGAACUAAAUCCAUCCUCUACCGCUUCUUCUCCCUAGGAAUGAUCAUCUCAACACUCGCGUCGUGCCUUCUUUCUACCUUCGUCCUCCUCCCAGCCUCGUCUGCAAAUUACCCAGGCGCGCACGCCCUCAACUCACUUCACACCCAUGUAUACAACUCAGCCCCGAAGUCCAGCAACCAACCAAUCCCCGUCUCUGUUCACCUAGGUAACCUCGCCUGCCAAACAGGCGUUACCCGCUUCCUGCAACAUCCCCACCCCAGCCAACGAGAUGUUCUUCAUUCUUCAAUAUCAUGGACCUACGACAAAUCCGACCCCUUAGCUUCGCAAUCCAACAAGCCAACCUUCUGGUCCCGCUUUGAUUACGUUCUCCUCGAACCUGCCGAAGCAGACGCCCUAGUUUCACUAUCCGGCUCCGGAACUGAAUACGCCCACGCAAGUACGUAUGCAUGGAAGACCGUGGACUCCAUAACCGGGUUUGCAGGGUUACGUGUUCUGAAACAGGGGGAGGAAGCAGCGGGCGUUGUUGAGGAGGGGAUUUUAAGAGCUAUCCUGGGCCCGAAGGCGGAUGAACUAGGUGUUGUGGGUCUUUGGGAGAAUAUUAGGGAUGGUUUGAGGAGGGUUGUUACGAAGGGUUGGUGGGUUGAGGUUAGGACGGAAGAGAGAAUUAGAAUUUUGGCGAGGGUGCGGUGA